AUGGACGACGACGGGCUGCUUUUGAAUCUAUAUUCAUAUAGUGAUGGACACGAUGUAGACACUCAAAGAAAAACAGACAGGAGAUCAAAGGUACCUUUGUGAUAAAAAUCUAUUACAUGGACACAUGUAAGUUUUAUGUCCCUCUGACCCUGUCGUCUGCAAAAAAAAGAUGUUAUUACUUCAGCUUCAAAAGUAACAGCAUCCAAUAUCCCCUUUACAUCGUUAAUCGCUAGAUGUAUGCUUAAAACCAAACGGAAAGUUCAACUGAGAGUUUCUUAAUUCCUGGCUAGCUACAGCUCUUCAGGUCGUUUAGAAUCGAUUCUUAAAAUUAAACUAAAUUUUAAGCUUAAGUUAAAAAAGCAACCAAGGAACCAUCAAUGAUUCUCAAGGCUGUUGGUGGGGGAAGAAGGUCUAUAAAGACCGAAAAAGCGGUCAAAAAACACCCAAAGCUGAAAAAGCGCAAUAGACCUCUAUCAAAACCACAAUUGCAAAACAAAAACCUUGAAUACAAGACCAUCAAAAACCGAAGAUUUACACACCUCAAUUUUAAAAACCCUAAUAGAUCUGAAACAUUGGUGACAUGUGGAACAUACGGACUAAACGAUUUACCCCAUCUUCAUUCUAAAUAUUAAUACCACCAUAGUAUCAGCUCUAUCCAUGGAUACUAUGGUCGAAAAACUGGCAUAUUAAUAGUCUCAGUUCAUACAAUGUAUUUUAGGACAAUUCACAAAGAUCCUCGAUUGAUUAGCAAUUAAAGAGGACUUUGGGGAAACCUUCAUAAAAAAUCCAGAAUCUCACAUUGCAGAUUUGAGAACUUAGAGGUGAAUUUGAUUUGAUUUGAAUGUUGCAGCAAUCAGUCACAUGUGACCCGGAUAGACUGUAAAAUAAACACGUCUAAAAUAGUCUAACAUGUGACUGUUGUAGAGGAAUCUAACCAGCACAGUUUGUUACUUCAUCAUUAACAGGAACUUACGGUGACAUUCACUGUGGUAUGAUAAAAGUAAUUGACUCAAUGUUUCCUAGCCCUCUCAAUGUUGACACAUGGACAAAGAAACUUGAAACCAAAUUGGAAAAACCAAAAAUGACUUCAUACAACAAUUACAAAAAACGGCCUGUAUUUUUGCCAAAAACCAAAAAAUUCAAAAACUGCAAAUUGUGAUGGAUACCAAAACUGAAAGGCUGAAGUUUAUCAGUGCAAAACCUGAAAAACUGAACUAAAAAAUAGCCAAAACUGAAAAACCGACAUCCCCAAAUUCCCAAUGCCCCUCUCCUGUGGGACUAGGCUACAAAACAAUUUCUUGUUGGUUAUUUCAACAAAAACUUCUUCUUUGGGGUAUUAAACGUAUACAGCUAUUUCUAAAAACAUUGUCGGACGAAAAGCAAAAAGUUUAAGCCAAGACCGAAAGGUAAUAUGGGAUUUUUAUAAUGACCUGCUGCUGGUCCUAUAGGAGUUUUGCGGCCACACAAGUAUGUCCCUGAGAACUGUUUGGAACGUCUAUCUGUAAGUGAGAGUAUUUCUAAACGUUGGACAACUCUUAAAACAGAGGUGAUUGGUGAGCCUUCAUACAGUAGGGAGCUUAAGCAAAUACAAUGUCGACAAAAGAGACUGUGAACAACAAAAGGCUUAAAUUAGCAAAACAACAACUAAAUUUGCAUUUUUUGUCCGUGGCCGUUGUUGCCCGACUACAGCUUGAAAUGCCUCAUGUUUCAUAGGGGAAGUGAACAGCAGACCACAAUUUUCUUUUCUUUUUUCUUUUUUUUAACUUAAAACUAGUCCUGUAGAAUUCAUUUCUAGAGGAAUCGCUGUCAUUUAAAAAAUUGAACGAGAUGGAAUAAAGGCAAUCUGGUUACAAGUCCUUACAUUCUCACAUGCUGGUGUAGUGUAAAAUAUUACCUGCCAUAGAUUUUGGCGAGCUUUAACUAAUUCUUGAGUAGGAACCAUUAUUCGGAAAAAUGUUUGUUUAUAAUAUUUUUUUUUGCCCACUUUGUUACUACAUUAUGCAAACUGAUAAAAUGUAAAAUUUAAUGUCAUUUUUUCUUGCUAAUUAGCUGAACAGAAUUGCCUUCAAAGAUGGGAAUAAGCAAGAGUGCACUUCAACUGAAACAUAAUUUUACCUUGUACUUUUUUAAAAACUAAAAUGAUAAGUGUGGUUCAGUAUAAAUGACGAAUAGAAAUCAGCGACCAGUUUAGUGGAGUGAUUGUUUGCCGGCAAAAGGCAGAUUUGAAACAACCAACAUUACCUUGCGGUCUUGGCUUGAAGAUUUUGCUUUUCUUCCGACAACUUUUUUUGAAAUAGCUGUAUGUGCAUGCAUUGUAAUAAUAUAUUUCUUGUUUUUUGUCAAAUUAGUGGAAAGAACGGAAAUUACUGAAAAGACAACAAUACUUGAAGCCUGGAGAUACCCAGAAGGCAAAGACAUCAACAAAAACAUCAACCAUUCUCCAUGAUCAGCACAAAGGAUCUUAUACCAACAAUUUGCCAAAUCUAAGCAACGGAUAUGCGGUAAGAUAAAAAUAAGUAUUGUUAAAAACAUACGAAGUAUAAAAAGCCUUCUUGCUAAUGUAACUAUGUAACUGCACCAAGUAAUGUAGCCCAGGACAAGGAAGGAAACAGGUCUAGAAACUGCACACAUCUCGAAGGGUUUGUCAUACUGGACUGGAAGCAGUAUGUGAGAUAGCAUGAAUGUAAGCUGAUGCAUUCCCAGUACUUUAGUGGCUUUCUUGCAAGUCACCAUUCAUGCAGCCCCGCUGACUUUGAAGAAAAAUAAAGGAAAUGUUUGCAUUGUACUCUUGAAUUAGGAGCUGUUGAUAACUUAUCCAUCCCCUCCCAAGAGUAACCAAAGCAAACCUCAAUUAUUUUAAUUUUAAAGCAUUGCAUCAUCAAUAAAGAAGCACAUGAAAGUUGAUUGAUUGACAUGAUUUUUGAUGACAUUAUCAAUAUUGUACUUGUAGGAUAACCAUACAAACAGCUCCGUUGUGCACCGAAAUGCUUCUGUACACCCUGACAAACUGGCACCAAAAAAUGCUCAGGUGUGAAUUAUUAUAUUUUGUAGAGGGAAAACCAGCGGUAUUUUGCAGAUAACUAGCUACAGUGUAUGGGCAGAAUGGGUCAUAAUCAUCAGCAUCAUUAUCCUCAUUUUUUUAAGGUUAAUUAAUAAAGAGCACCACUUCUGUGUUAUACUGUAUGUUAGCGGGAAAUUUAUCAUUGAAGGUGAUUUGUUAGUGUUGCACUGCACAUCUCUCACUGCACAUAACAAUCUAGAUGGCUGCUGUGAAAAGAGUGACUAUAAAUGUGCAUAAUGUAAGCAGGACACUUGUUGCUGAGUUUGACUUCCUCUGACCAAGGACUUUGAUAGUUAAUCAAACACAUGCUAAACUUGUGCUGAAUAACUUUAAAUGACAUUUGAGCUCUAUCAUCACUUUUCAUCCUUUUGAGAUAUCUUGAUGUAAAUUCUGCAAAAUCAUAAUGAUUACAUAAUGAUUACAGUGACCCCAUUGUUUUAUUUUAUGAUUUUAAUAAGAGCAGUGCUUAAAUUACUUUCAACAAGAAAAAAUAUUGAAAAAAUCUGUGUUUAAGAUUUUUUACUAACUUGGAAAAAAAUCGCACUGGUUCUGCAUGUCUAGUUUUUCGCUGUGUAUGUGUGGUUAAUUGCUAAAAGUUGGUAGGUACCACUUUUAUGUUUUUGUCAUCAUCUUGACUUGAUGCAUUAGUGUACCAAGUUAUUUCAAAAGUCUAUGUUACGGAUGUUGAAGGCGACUUUGAACCAAACUGUAUUUAAUCCAGGUCUGAGGCUUGUUUUUAAGGCUACAUCACCCCAGUUUCUUUAAGAUUACACUGGAUUUUGCCUAUUCUGUAGACUCACAAGGUUAAAAUUCAUCACAAUGUCUAACAAGAACACAACACGUUUUUUGGAUCCCUCCCAGGAGGACUAGCGAGCCUGUCAAACCUUAUGUCAUCGCAAAAAGAUGUAGGUUUUUUUUAAGAGGGAAUCACCUUGAAAUACAAAUGGUUUAAAGAAAACUAAGUCUAAAUGUGCAUAGUUAAAUUUGUUCUAUACAUAACGUUCCUUGCAUCAGAUACUAAAGGUUGUGUUAAGCAGCUAUGUCUUUAUUUGAAUGUUUUAUUUCUGGCACUUUUUCUUGGUAAAUUCACAACCUUACAUGUUUUAGUUAGAGCAUGCAGUACUUGUGGGUACAUGUAGGAGAGUUGUCCCCCCUGAGACAAAAAUGACAAGCCCGAGUGGCCAGAACCCAGCUGUGUUUUAUCAACCUUAUCAUGUCAAUGUCUACGCGGCUUUAGUUUCUAAAUCUAAAUCUAUACUCUUUUAGACUUACUUUCUUCAUUUAAAUUUACCUUGUCCAUGGUAAUUACAGGUUAUUUCAAGUUUAUUCAAAUACAACCCAGAAAUACCAAAAGUUUCCACCUCAAGGUUAGUAUAAAAGUUUUGCUUAAGAUACAUACCGUAAAUCCUCUAUUGAGACAGGGCGGGGGCUUAUUUAUUAAAUUUUAUUAGUGAAGAAUAAUUUUCGUUGGGGAGGGAGACUUAAUAGAGGCGGGGGGUGGGGCUUAUUAACUUUCUUCCCCUGAAAAGGGGGGAUUAUUAGAUGGAGGAGGCUUAUUUGAAAUGGGUGGCUUAAUAGAGGAUUUAUGGUACUGUAAAAUUCCGAAAAUAAGCCCCGGGGUUUAUAUUUUUCAAAGGCCCUUUUUGAGGGGCUUAUUUUUGGAGGGGCUUAUAUUCGGCUCAUAUUAUAUGCAUUUCAAAACUGAUUGGGCUAGCCUUAUCGUUGGAAGGAAAUUUACUGUUUUUACUUUGUUUUACUUUGUAUUUGAGGGUAAUUCCAAGUACAAGCCUCUGGGGGGCUUAUAUUUGGAGGGGCAAUUUAAGGGAGGGUUUUUUGCAUUAUGAGUUUGGUGGGCUAAUAUUUGGAGGGGCUUAUACAUGGAGGGGCCCUUUUUUCGGAAUUUUACGGUAUGUUUAUAAUUUCAAACAUGAUCUCUGUAGAAACUGGAGUAUUAAUGGUAUUAGGUGCCUUCUAGAUGAUUCGUUAUUAUAAUAACUAAAUAACCUUACUUUGUAGCUUUGAGCAGCAGCCCAAAGGUGCCAAGGAACAGUGUGAAAAACUGUUCUCUGGUAAUAAAUUUUGUGACCUGGAGCUCUCACCCUUCAUGGUAAGAAAUUUAUUUCUAAAUAUUUAUUAUUAUUCAUUCAAAGUAUUUCCCCAAUUCUAAUUGGUUAAAAGCACACGCAUAAUUCGCCAUAACCAGUUACUGAUGACCACAUUUGGAAGAAUUUUGUGUUUAACGAGGAAAUGACGUCAAAAAUGCAGCCUUCUACAGGUUAUUGCACCAUUAACCGAGAAGUGCUGGGGAUGAGAUUGAAUUGUUUUUGUUGUAAAAACUAUAAUGGCGGACACUUCACUUGUUUCAAGAGUAAGAACUACAGCUGGAACUAGGCGAAAUAAUGGCUAAAAACGUAGCAAAGACAGCAAGAAGACAACUCGGAGGGUGAUAUCUGCUCUUUGGAGAAUAUUUGCAGAGCUGGACAAACCUAAACAUAAACUAUCGAAGAUAAACUUAACAUCGAUGCAGGUAAGCUUGUUUUAGCUAUGUUUUUAAACUAGAAAUUAUUGUUGUAGUUAAUUUUUUAUCUCAAGUAAUUUUUAUGUUUUUCUUUGUUUCAACUUCAUUAGCAUACAUUACCAUACCAAAAAACAAAGGAAACAUAAAAAUAACCUGGGAUAAAAAAUUAACUACAACAUUAUUUUGAAUGAAUAAUAAAACAAUUAAGAAUUAUGGAGAUCUCGGACGGUGUUAUCCGUCGAGGCUGUAACACCCUCCUUGAUCUCCAUAAUUCUGCAUAAGAUACUCAACCUCAUUCUUUAAUUGUUAAUUAUUGUAUAAAGUGCAUAUUAUAUAAUGACAAAAUAAUCACAUGUGCUUUUUUAUUUUUGGCUCAUAUAAACAUUUAAGGGAAGGAAUGAAGCCUAAUCUUGAGCUUUUCUGCUCUUUCAUUUGGAAUUUAGCCCAUUUUUCUAAAAAUUCAUUUUUUUUUCAAAGUAUGGGUUCUGUUUUUGUCCUCCAUGUAUUUCAUUACUGACAAAGAUUAUUCUGUCAUUACAAUGCUAACAGCAAAUAGUUAACAAUUACCGGACGAGCUUGAGCACAAUAUCGUGAUUUGUCUGUGGUGAGCAGAUCAUAAUAAUUGAUCUACAAGACACUGACAAAUCACGAUAUUUUGCGAUAACGGAGUUCAAUAAUUGUUUUAUCAUUGGGAAGCGAAGCAAUCUGCCAUUUUCACGUAAGACCGAUUGCAAGAAGGAGAAAAGCACGGUUUCCUUUACGCAUGAGCAGAAUAUUAUUUGCAGCCAAACACUGUUGGACGGCAUUGCAGAUGAGCAGACCAUUAUUUGUAGGGAGUUAUUUGCAGGUCACGUGGUGGGCUUUUGGCCAAUGAAAAGUAAGAAAAAUUUGCUUCGAAUGAUAAUUAAUUUUGAUGGUAUGUACCUGUAAGCCAUUCCCACGUCAUGAUGUAUGUCGAUUUGUGCUUUUUGAAGGGGGAGAGGGGUUCCAAUGAUAUUGAGGGGGAGGGGCAUGGGUAUUGCAUUAGAUCUCCAGAGGUUGGCAUCUCUCUGAUAGGCAUCCUGUGGACACUAAUGGAGUCAUCAAAUUCUUACAUACAGCUUGUAAAAUGUUUAAUAUUCUUCUCUACAUCCAUAUCAGUGAUGCAGGCCAAGGUAGCUUGUACACGUCAGAUCAAAUAACUACUGUAAGUUCUGAAGGUAGCUGAUAAUCCUUAUACCUCUUAACAUGAUGGAACAACUUUGAUUGAUAAUAAUUUACUAUUAUGAAAGCAAAUGUAUUUUGUUUAAUGCUUAUACUGUUAUCCUCAAAAGGUAUCCAAUCUUGAAAGUAACUUAAAGUUGACUACCAUGACCAGGUAUUUGUUCAAUGUUGGUUAAGACAAGCUUGAUGAACUGAUAGUAAAGUACAAUGUUUGAUGAUUUACAUGUGAUUGGUGCCAAAACAACCACUGAGAAGUUUUAGUUUAAUGACUUUCCUUGCAAUAGAUGACUAAGAUAAUUAGCAUGUUGGCUCAUAUCAAUUCCGCAAUAAUAAUAAAAAAUUAAUCAUUCAGUACACUUUAGUCUAAUUAUAAUUAAUAUACGAAGGAGUAUGGCAAGAUUAAGGCUUGGUGCUUUGUGUACAUCAAUCUUGUUUAGAUCCUUCUUUGUUUGAUAUGCUUGUGACAUUUUACUGAACAUACAUGUGACAACGCCUUUCUCACUAAUAGUGAUAACUGUUUCUUUUUUGCAGUGUACAAAAGGCAGUUAUUCCUUCCUUGCUGGAAGGCAGAGAUGUGUUUGUGAAGUCCAAGACUGGUACAGGUGCAGUACUGUACAUUGCUUUAAAUUUUUGCUUGUAUCAGGGUUGUAAAGAAAAUUUCUAGUAGAAGGAGAGAAAAAUAAGUAGGUGGCUAUAGAUUAGAUCAGAUGGUGUGGAAGAUAUGAUGGAAGUGGGAUUGCUAACUUGUUCCCAACUACAUUGUAUUAGGGUAUCUGGGGACAAUUUAUAGGGAGCCCUUCAAUUACUGUUGUUGGUUAUGGUUUAGUAUCCCUUACAAUACAUAUUAUACUGUCUUCUUACAUGAAUUUUUUUUACUCUUUUUGAUACUUUUUUGUUUUCUUAUAGGAAAAACUCUUUCAUAUGCAGUGCCGGUAAUACAUUCCCUUCAGAAUAUAAAACCAAAAAUAACUGUGAGUAAAUGUGCAUGUUUAAACAAUCUAACUUUGCCCUUAUUCAAAUGUAUUAUCUUCAUUAAUUAAAUGUAUGUGUUAUCGUUGUUCACUUGUUAAUGGAAGAAGCUUACAGUAAAACCUUUGUCAAUCAUACUCUCUGUAACUUACAUGUAAUACUACUUUUUCUGUUUAAUUAGCCAGUAACUUAGGUUUUUGUUGGCAGUGAAACACGAUUGUUUUUAGUAGUCUGUUUUAAUUGUGAUGAAUGUAUCAUUUUUUCCUCAUUUAGAGAAAUGAUGGGCCUUAUGCCAUAAUUCUGGUUCCAACAAGAGAGGUAAAUAUUUCAUAUUUUUUCCCUGACACUUUAUUUUUCAAGUUAAGGUUUCAGCCCAAUCUGUCGAACUAGUGGGCGUGAGGGGUAUACGACGAAGAGAAAGGUGGAAAGCUUGAGCAGACAGGAACCUGUUUACAGGUUAUAUCAGUUUAGUUUCUUCUUAAUUUUCUCUUGCAUCUAAGCAUUUUUACGGUGUAAAAGAAGUGUUACGCUGCACUUGCAAUCAAAGUUUGGCAAGAUCGAGAAUACUUCAGCAAGUUUGGUGGCGGCAAUUAUAUUACAGUGUAUUUAUCAUAUAAGUCACAAAAACGGUUGUAUAUCUUGGCUUUGAAACGUUUGCUUAUUGCACUGAAAAAUGUCAACAAUUGUAAUUACAAUAUUGGAAAAAUUAACAAUAACAAGAAACUGAAAAGUGUAUGGUAAAAUCACUUCUCAUAAUCAACCACCUCAUGAUCCAAAACACCAAAAUUCUGCAUGCAGUCAAAUCUGUCCCUUUAAUCAGAACCUCUCGUAAAUGCCAUAAGCGACUGUCACCAGUUUUUGGCCUGACAGUUGUAUUUAGUUUUUCCAUUGUUUUUAACCUCUUGUAAGCGACCACUAGAUGCUUGGUGUGGUGUUUGUUCGCCUUUUGUACUACACCGCUCAUAAUAUUAGAAUAACAUACAGUGUCAACAUGAAACUACAAGUAUACGCACAACUUAAAACUUGCCUGCAAUAAAUCAUCUUCCAAAAACUAGGUGUUUUGCCGGGACCCCUUUACGGAAGAGUAGAGAGCUGACUCUGUGGCUCGAUUCUCGUUAGUGAUCACCUCCCGUAAGCGACCACUAAGUCUUCACAUUUGGGUUGUUGCUUAUGGGACGUGUAACUGAGUGUUUAAUUGUAACUUUUAUUGUAUAUUUUAUUGAUUUACAGUUCAUACUUUGCUAACAGUGUAUAACAACAUUUUUUUUAAGCUGGCCAUACAAAGCUUUGAUGCAUUGCAAAAACUGGUUAAGGUACAUUACUCUUUACUGACUACAGUAUAAUGUAAAAUCAUGCAGUUCACCACUUAAGUAUAAUUGACCAGUUAGUGAAAAAUGAAUGUUUCGAACUUGCUUUUCAAGCUUAAACCAUGUGUGAUCCUUGUCUGUCAUCAAGUAUAAAAUUUUAUGACUAGCUAGCUAAAUAUACUUGAGCAGGUAAUAAUAUUUUGUUCCCUUUUAGCACAGUAAAGCACAUAAAAGCAUAAUGUCUAGGAAUAUCUUUGUGCACACUUGUGCACAGUUGUGCAUAUGGGAAAGUUGCUCACUUUUCUUGAACAAGUUGUUACAAAAGGUGGGUGACAUACGAGGUUGCUCUAAUGUUUGAGUAAUGCAUGAUGUUUCUUGUUUUCCACAGCCUUUUCAGUGGGUUGUGCCCGGAAUUGUCACUGGAGGAGAAAAAAGGAAAUCUGAGAAAGCCCGGUAAUUUGAAACUCUAUUUUGGAAAAUGCAAUGCCGUUGACCUGCAUAACAAAGUUGUUCACACAAACCGAGUGCUACAAUGUCUUAAGUAAAACGGCAUAGAAGUUUCCAGUUGAAUUGUGACGCAUCUGAUUUUGAGACUUAGAUUCCACUCAGUGCAGAUUUUUACAAAUAACAAAGAAACAGGAUCACGGAAAAGCAAUUCUCAAAUAGCUUUAAUUUCUUAAUUUUGUUUGUAAGAUACUAUUUUAAAUCAGUGGACCCACAGGAAUUUGCUAUUGCGUCACUUUAAUAAUUCAAGGUUUGGGUGAACAAAUGACCUACUUACAGUGUCGCAGACCCUGCAUGAAUAUGGGGCACGAGUUGCAAAAAAGAGGUCAGGCUUGCGCCCCCAUUUUCCCUGUCGCGUGCAACUCAGGCUGUUUAGACUCAAUCUUUUCGAGAAAAAGUGUUAUUUUGUUGAUGUUGUUGUUUUUUUCAGAAUAAGAAAAGGUAUAAACGUUCUUGUUGCGACUCCAGGACGACUCCUCGAUCACAUUGAGGUACAUCACUACCAUUCUUAUUGAUUGUUUCAUGAUUUAAAGUAAUUCCCUUGAAAUUGUUCUACUAUCAAACUUUUUUUGAAACUUCGCAUAAUCAACAUUCAUGAUAUGAACAUGGAAAAAAAUGCAAUAAAAAGAUGGGGUCACCGUGCUUGUUUACGCGUCAGCAGUCUCUUAAACUGGGGUAUUUUUACUGGUUGCGCGUUAAACAUUCGAAUCCCCUUCUUACAGAAUUAAGUCUUUGUUACUUGAAACAUACAAAAUUUUAUCUUGAACAUAAUGCUUCUUUUAUUCAAAUAAGCAGUCUUGCUUCAUUCAAUUCGGUUUUGAUUGCCUGGUUGUGGGUAUAUUGCACUUUUUCGGACAGUUCGAAGUUAGCUGGAAGUCCUCGCCUUGACCCAAAUACACCAAAUACGAAACUAUUUCCCCCCCAAAAAUCAUGUUCUACUAUCAAACUUUUUUUGUUCUUCAAUUAUGUUCUUUAUUAGACUGUUCGUAGCAAAUACCUGAGAAAAAAAUCGGGGGUAACCGUGCUUGUUUCCUCACAAACUGCUGUGAAAGGUGGACAUGGUUUUGAGAUCGCAGUCAGGAUGGAUAAUUUGCGCGGCGGGGACUGGGGCGAGAUACAACCGUAAAGCCGCAUCUUAUCUUAGCUCACGAAUGAAAUUUUGUCCGAUAAAUUCUCUGUGAGUGUUACAGGUGUAUCCGGAACCCACCUUUGUUACGGAGGGUAAGAGUGAGUCGAAAGAGAGAAGGACCAAACGUGGUACAAUCAAAUUAACUUCCCGGCAGACUGCCCCACUCACACUGUAUUGUAAGGAUUUCCUUUGGUGUCCAUAUGAGUUAGUUUGACCCAGCAAACACCUGCAUCAUUAUUACGAAAUGAUUAAGACUUGUGUCUAUGUUUUUUCUUCCUGCCUGCCUUAUAAUGAAGAUGUACAUUGUAUUCUCUAAUCGUUAGAAAACUAGGAGUUUGGAAUUAAAGAGACUUCGCUGGAUAGUCCUUGAUGAGGCUGACAGGUAUUGAGCAAGAACUUACGUUGAAUGCGCCACUCCAAAAGAAAUUAAUUGAAGAACUGGAUGUCCUUUUCUUACUUUAUGUUCCACUGUGUAGUCUUGCUUGCAAUUUAACGCUUUCUUUUUUUUCUUCCGUAAAUUGCUUUUCUCUUAAUGAAUUUUGUUAUAUAUAUUUUUUCUUUUCACUGUACAUUACCAGUUUUGUUGAGUUCUGUGGUUGACUGAGAAUGUAACUUUUGGCCGUAUAAUUUACAGGUUGUUGGAUUUAGGCUUUGAGAAGGAUGUAUCGUCUAUUCUGUCUGCUGUCAAGAAGGCUCUGUUUGCUGGUGUAAAAUGUCAAACCAUUCUGCUUUCUGCUACACUUGGUGAAGGUAAACGAGCUGUACAAUAGCUGUAGCGUUCUAUAGUGGGUUUCUAUUUCAUUCUGGUCAGUGAUCAUGUUUUUAAAGAAGGAGGUAUCUUAGGAGUAAGACUGAAAUCAAUAAAAAGACGAUUAACAAGCUACCAAACAUAACUUCUGUAAGAAUGAAGCUUGAAGGUGUACCAACAAAUAAUAGAGAGAUUAAGCAUCGCGUUUACGGCGGUAAACGGCAAACGGCAAACGUGAGAUUCACAUCAAGAAAUGUUUAAAAUAUGAAGUGAGCAAAUAAAAACAGCUCAAAACAAUGGAACUGGCGUGAAUCUACCGAUUUCCGUGUAGUUAUAAUGAACAGUAAACGACAAGUAAAGGGAAAACUUGGUCACGUGUACAAACCCACGUUUUUCGUUUACCGUAAACGUGACUCUUAAUCUCCUUAUUGAUUUUGGCUAUACUGUAUUUAUAUUUUUCCCAAAGCCGUGGAGAGAUUGGCAGGUAUCAGCCUUCAUGAGCCACUAUUUAUUGACAUCACAGCAGAUCAGAUCCUGACAGGCAACGACAGUAAAGCACAAAAGGAGCCGGUACAGGUUAGCAAGUGCGGCUGUAAAAUUUAUGUAAUUUUUUUUGGCUUAAGUUUACUGGUUUCUUUGGAUUGAUAAAUAAGACUUGCUACCGGAAAGGAAGAGAAGAUGGAAAAAAAUUACUCUCGUCAUAAAUGUAUAGCCGUCGUCUCAAAAUUAGUGAUAAUUUGUAAUACAAAGAAACUACUCAGACUGUCUCCUCUCUAUGAUAUUUUGUCCAGGGCCCAGUUGCUCGAAGCAUGGUUAGCGUUAACCAGCGUUUAAUACCUUGACAACUUAGUGGUUUUGAUACUGCUUAACCAAUGGUUAAAGCUAACCAUGCUUUGAGCAACUCAGCCCAGUUCUCUUAUGUUUAAUUUAUUGUUGUAUACUUAAGGAUUUUCCUUAUUUGCAUUUCUUUAGGCACUCACCGAGUGCCUCUUGCUGUGCAUUGCACGCCCAAGCCAUCUAAAUCACUCUUCCACUUUGCUGCUGAUUGCUAUUCUAGGUUU